CGUUGUUGGACAGAGGGUUCCUGUUGGUGGCGCCGAAGGUGUGGCGGGCCGGCAGUGAUGAGCGCGUCUGCAUCGCCCUGCUGAACAUGGCCGGCGGUCACUCGCCGGCGCGCCGCUACACCCUGGAGGAGGCGCGGCGGCUGCUGUGGGCCGGCCGAGGCCGCAGCAGCGCCGUGCCCGUUACCAUCGAGUUCGCCAACUCGGAGCGCGGCCGCAAACACAGCUUCAGGGUGCACAGAGACCUGACCAGGUCCUGGUCGACAGCCGACUUCGAAUGUUUCGUCGUAUCGGUUCCCGCGAAUCUCCAGGCCCAGUACAUAUUUGUCAGCGUGGGCGUGCAGGGGCGAGCUCGCUCCGGUACACAAGUCAGCAAAUCGGCCAAGAUCCGCGUGCUUCCGAAUGUGCUGGUGACCCUCGUCCAGACGGAUAAGGCAAAAUACCAGCCGGGAAAGACGGUUCAAAUCAGGAUCAUCUCCCUGCGGCACGACUUCACCCCGCUGGAUGAAAAAAUUAAGGAGGUCUGGGUCACCACGCCCGACGGUACCCGCCUGGCCCAAUGGCUGGAUGUGGAAAUAGUCACUGGGAUGGUGCAGAGAGAGAUCCACCUGAGCGAGGAGCCACCGCUGGGCCAGUGGUCGAUCCACGUGAAGCGGCAGAAGGGUCCUACCACAGUGCAGCACUUCGAUGUGGAGGAGUUCGUGCCGCCUCGGUUUGAGCUGUCCGUGUCGUCCCCGGGCACAGUCUUCAGGGACUCCAGCGUCAUGACCAUCAAAGUCUGUGCCAAGUACACGUUUGGCAAGCCUCUCGUUUCGGCUGGUGUUCUGCUAACGGUCCGCCUCAGCCAACCAAAAGCUUCAUUUGGGACGCCAACCAUAAGCCCAAAUGAUGGGACAAGUUUCACCAAGGAUGCCGCUGUAGGGACUGUGAGGACACCAGUGUCAAGAAGAAUCACCAGAACCUUUGGAACAGCAAUAACUACAAGAACGAGGCUAGAUGAUCUGCACGAUGGUCCAACCAGGGUGAUGACUGCCGAGAAAGCCCGACGGAAUUUGUCGGCAAGAUCGUCAAGGAUAACGCGCUCGGCUGCCCCCGGAGGACUUCUCUCUGUACAGAGGAGGUCUACUCGACGCAAACGAGCGAUAACUGUCGGACCCAACGAGUACGCGGACAAGACCGGUGAUGAUGGCUGCGCUACGAUCAACGUCGUUCUGUCACAGAUUGGGUCAGGAUCCGGCGGGCAUUUUAACCGGUACGAUAAAAAGUAUUUUGUAUCUGUGAACGUGACGGAAGCUGGAACAGACAUUAGUCAAGCAGAAGGAAUCGUCGUUCCUGUUCGCGAAUCAAAACUUAUCCAGGUCAUCAGUAGCAAGUCGCCGCAGUUCUUCAAACCAACUUUGGACUUCUAUGGAACGGUGCGGUUUGAAAGACCCGAUGACUCACCGCUGGUAAAGGAACGUGUGGAAAUUUGUUACUCAACUUACUUCUACGAAGAUAGUUCUCUGAAGUCAUCGGCAUCAAGCCUUCCCUUUCUGAUGAAAAGCCCCAGGACUGCUUACCGAGCCGAAAGAUGCACCACCUACACCACGGACGGCACCGGUCGGAUCAAUUACGUCGUCCCCGCCCAGAGUGCAUCGAUCUCCUCUCUGUCAUUCAAAGGCCGGCUGCUGGGACGUGACCAGCGGUUCGCGCUGCCCUCCGUGCGCGCCUGGUACUCGCCCAGCGACUCGUUCCUGCUGGCCGACGUCCGGCAGCUGCUGGGCGGCGGCACGUGCGGUCGGACGGUUGGCGUACCCAUCCACAGCAGCCGCAACCUGCGCGACGUGCCGCUCCAGUACAUGAUCAUGGCGAGAGGGGACGUGGUGGAGAACGGUGUGAUCACCGGCGGCCAUCUUCGGCUGACGGUGCGCUCCGCCAUGGCGCCCUCCUUCAAGCUGUUGGUGUUCGCCGUGACCGCUGACGGCGAGGUCGUGGCAGACUCUCGGCUGGUGGAGACGGACAAGUGUUUGCCCAACGAGGUGUCCGUAUCCUGGAAGGAGGCUCAGGUCCGGCCCGGCCGUACGGGUGUUCUCCACAUCUCCGCCUCGCCUGGCUCGUUAUGUGGCAUCUCUACCGUGGACCGCAGCGCAGAGCUGCUGGGCACUUCCAACACAGUGACGCCACAGAAGGUGUUCAGCCAGGUGCAGCAGCUGAUAAUCCAGAAGUCGGAGUCGCCCCGGCUGACGCGUUCCUCGGGCUACUGCCCGCCGUCGCGCAGGCCUUCCGAGGACGAAGUGUCGGUGGUUCCGACCUGUCCUGGUUACGAGGACGUGUCUGGUGGUCGUCGAGAAAUGGGAACAAUGACGAUCAAAGUAACUGAAAUAUAUUACAUCCCAGAUGAUCGCGAAGAUGCCUUGGCGGCAUUUGACAUGGCGGGCUUUCUGGCGGUGUCAAACCUGGCGCUGCAGACGAGACCUUGCAUUGAGCGCCGACAUAAAGUCACCCGGCAGAGGCGUUGUUGGAAAAGAUACCGUAAUAUACAAAGUACUUCCCUUCCGCAAGUCGGAACGGCGGCAAGUUCAGCUGGUGGCAGCAGGAAUGUGGUGUCAGCUGAGGGAUCUAAUACUGCGGAUUCCAGUACUAGUUUUGCUGUGCCAUCGGUACGGGCUACUUCUGAUAGAACAUCAACGACAAACGGCAUCUCAGGAGGAUCACAAACUGCCAAUGGACGGGCUGGUGCACGAAGCAAUAGAGGUGUAUCACAAACUGCCGAUGGAGGGGCUGGUGCACGAAUCAAUAGAGGUGGAUCACACACUGCCAAUGGGGCUGUUGCACGAACCAAUAGAGAUGUAGAAAUCAGAAGAAAAACAUUACGAAACGGUCAAGCAAAGAGGACAGGAGACAAAUCCCCUGGCGUUGAAGAGAUAUUGAAGGAGACCGUCCUGGAGCCUGAAGUGCGUCGGUACUUCCCAGAAACAUUCAUGUUCGAAUUGGAAGUUGUUGGGUCUUCCGGGCGCCAGAGCUUGUCGCGUACGCUUCCCGACACCAUCACCAGCUGGACAAGUUCUGCAGUCUGCUCCCAUCCCAAGGUCGGCUUGGGUAUAUCUCCCACGGCAUCCAUCAAGGCCUUCAAGCCAUUCUUCGCAGAAAUCAACCUGCCGUAUUCGGUGAAACGAGGCGAACUGCUUCAGCUCAAGGUUUCCGUCUUUAACUUCCUUUCCAGCGAGCUUUCCGUCAUCCUAGUGCUGAACGAGACGCCAGACCUGAUCCUGGAGAAGUCUGGCGCCGGCGCUCGCCGCGCCCUCUGCGUCCAACCGAGCAAGCCGACCGUGAGCACGUUCCCCCUGCUGUUCACCAGUCUCGGUCAGGUUGACGUUCAGGUGUCAGUGGAGGCGGCCGGCAACGCCUGCGGCGGCCCAAACAGCAUCGGCGUCCAGAGUGAUGUCCUGGUCCGCCAAAUGCUGGUGAAACCGGAGGGCUUCCCUCAAGAGGAGACUCUCUCGGAGCGGAUCUGCCCCGACAAGGGCGUCGCCACGCACGUGUUCAAUCUGGCCACGUCGCCACGCAUCGUACCCGGGUCAGCACGUGCCGUCUUCUCCCUCUACGGUGACCCUCUGGCCCAAGCCAUCACGCAGGUCUCGGGGCUUGAGAGCCUGGUGCGCGUGCCGCAUGGUUGCGGCGAACAAAACAUGGUCCUGCUUGUACCGAACAUUCUGGUGCGGCAAUACCUGGAAGCAACAAAUCAACUGAGCCAAGAGCUGAAGAAAAAGACUACAGACAACAUGCGGACUGGCUACCAGCGCCAGCUCCGCUACCGACACCGCGACGGCUCGUACUCGGCGUUCGGCGAGCGCUCCGGCCGCAGCCAGGGCUCGCUGUGGCUCACAGUGUACGUCAUCAAAUCGUUCACGGCGGCGGCGCGGUUCGUUCCGAUCGAUCAGCGCGACCUGGCUGUCAGCCGACGCUGGGUUGAGCAGCAGCAGCGCGAUGAUGGCUGCUUCAACACCGUCGGCUGGCUUUGUAACAAGGCGAUGAGUGGUGGCGUGGGCGGCGGCGACCGGCUGGCGCUCACCGCCUACACGCUGCUGGCGCUGGUCGAGACGGGCGCCAGCGGCGACAUCGUGCGCCGCGCCGCCGCCUGUCUGCGCCGCGGCACACCGCGCGGUAUCUACGCCGAGGCGCUGGUGGCGCAAGCGCUGGCCGUGGCCAACGAGAAGACGGCGGCCGCCGAGCUGCUGCCGGCGCUCCUCAAGCGCGCGCUCCGCGAGAAGGCUGCGCUGCACUGGCGGACGGAGCGCGGUCGCCUGGCUGGUGGCGCCGCGCUCGACGUUGAGACAACGGCCUACAUGACGAUGACGCUGCUGCGCCUGGGCGGCCACGCUGCCGACUCGCUCGCCACCGUUACCUGGCUGGACCGGCAGCGCAACGGUCGCGGCGGAUUCGUCUCGACGCAGGACACAGUGGUGGCGCUGGCGGCGCUAGUGGCGGCCGAGACCGAGGCCAGCCGGCGGCUAAAGGCGGCCGCUCUGGAGGUGACCGUCAGGGUGGGCGCUCGGCAAACUCCGCGGCGCUUCACCGUGACGCCCGAGAACCGGCUGCUGCACCAGCAGCUGGAGCUGCGGCCGCUGCAGCUGCCUGUCAGCCUGGCCGUCUCCGUCAGCGGCCUGGGAUGCGUGGUGGCGCAGACCACUAUGCGGUAUAGCCUGCAAGAGACGAAGGCCAAGCAGGCCUUUAGACUUCAGCACAAAAUAAGACCUCUAAAGAGAAAUUCUUGUCAAUCAUACGUCGUAGAACUGUGCGCAUCCUACCUGGAGGCAGACGCCGCCUCCAACAUGGCCAUCAUCGAGAUGGAGAUGCCGUCUGGCUACCUCAUCGUUGACCACGUGUUGCAGCAGCUGGAACGAAGUGGCGUGGUCCAACGUUGGGAGUUCCGCAACGCAGUGCUGUCACUGUACUUUGACCAGCUGGUGAAGAAAGAGGUCUGCUUCGACGUCCAGAUCUGGCGGGAUUCGGUGGUGGAGAGGCUGAAGCCGGCCACCAUCGCCGUCUACGACUAUUACACUACCGAGUACCGCGUCGAAACGGAUUACGAGCUACCAGUCUGCAAGUUUUGAAGCUCAAAUAUCCAAGAAGCCCACCAUUUGGCAAGCAGCAUAGAAAAACAACCAUCUUUUACAUGCUACACGUCUUGUUAGCAUCGCUGACGGUUUUGUUAGCAUCUUUUUGUUGGACAGAAGUUAAAAUAAAAAUUGUGUUACA